CAUUAUUAUAAUACAUAUUUAGGGUGGAGUUUGCAUUGAUUUUUCAAAAAUGGAUCAAAUUCUGGAGACAAAUUUAGAAGAUUUUGAUGCUAAAGUACAAUCAGGAGUGACAUGGAGAACUUUAAAUGAUUAUUUAAAACAAACAGGACUCUGGUUUACUGUUGAUCCAGGAGCAGAUGCUUCGUUGGGUGGUAUGACUAGCACUGGUGCUUCAGGAACAAAUACAGUUCGUUAUGGUACAAUGAAACAAAAUGUCAUAAAUUUAGAGAUAGUUUUGUCUGAUGGCACCAUAUUCCAUACUGCUGGAAAAAAUCGGAGAUCAAGAAAAUCAUCUGCUGGAUAUAACUUAACAGAUUUAUUUAUUGGAUCAGAAGGGACUUUAGGUUUUAUAACAGAAGUUACAGUGAAAUUACAUGCAGUGCCAGAAAUGUUUGAUGGAAUUCAGUUUCCUGACACAGAAAUAUUAAUUUUAUUGAAUGUUCCCANUGCAGUUUGGAAUCUCCGUUAUGCAAAUUUGAAAUAUAUUUCGAUUGAUAAUUCGAUCCUGAUGAAGGUUUGGGAAAUAGCAAAAACUCAUGGUGGAUCAGAAUUUAUUUGGGCUAAAGACAUGGAAACAAGAAACAAACUGUGGAAAGCCAGGCAUCAAUUAUUUUAUGCUACUUUAGCACUGAAACCUGGUAGUAAGAGUGUUGUAACAGAUUGUUGUGUUCCAAUCUCACAUCUAACAGAAUUAAUUGUAGAAACUAAACAAGAUAUAAAGAAUUCAGGUGUUAUAGGACCAAUUUUAGGCCAUGUUGGUGAUGGAAAUUUUCAUUCAAUAUUACUUUUUAAUCCUGAAUCUGAAGAAGAACUUGAAAAAGCUAAAAAAUUAUCAGUAGCUAUGGCUGAGAGAGCCUUGAAAUUAAAUGGCACAUGUACAGGAGAACAUGGAAUUGGAAUGGGGAAAAUCUCUCUCUUAGAAAAAGAAUAUGGUGAAAAUGGUAUAUCUGUCAUGAAACAACUCAAGAAAAGCUUAGAUCCAAAAAAUAUCAUGAAUCCCAAAAAAGUAUUUUAUGAUUUUUAAAUAUAGAAACUAAAGGUAAUUUCUUUAAUUUCAUAGUAAAUUAUUAUUGUUGAUGAAUGUGAAUAGUAUGUAUUUUAUAAAUACUAGGAACAAUUAUCUGAGUGUACUAGAUAUCAUGCAAGCUAGUCAUUUUAAUCUCAGAUGUUUUAAAUAAAUGUUAUAUUGUGAUAUAUUCUAUAAAUAGUAAGUUUGAUGUCUUGUUAAAUAAUAAAUUAAAUUAUUGCUAUGCAGAUAAAUGAUGGUAAAAAAUAUUUAGAUAAUUAUGACGUUGUGCAUUUGUAUACUAAAUGUUAACAUUGAAUAGACAAUGAAAUAAUUUUCUUGCCUCUGCAUAUAAAAGUACUAUUGUUGCAAUAAAAAACUUAUAAGGCUAUUGUUUGGGAAAAUAUUCCCAUUUGAAAUUAUACUAAAAGUUAAGUUUGAAAACUGAGUUUGUUUUUAUAUAUAAUGUUAUGCAUGAAAUGAUAUUUUUAAUUUUCACUUUAAUAGUUUAAGAUUAUCUGAUUUUAAAGAUAUCUAACCUUGAAUCUGAUCUGAUUAAAUGUACUUGCUAUCUUUUUCACAAGAAACAAUCUUUAAUAUGGAUAUUUUUUUAAGCAAUUUAUGUGGAGAAUAAUAUUUUUUUUAUAUAUUUUUUCAAAAUGCAAUCAGAGAUCCAAGGAGUG